AUGGUUGAAGCCCUGGAGUUGUUCCACAGAAUCUUAGACAAGGAACUCCCAUGUGAUGAGUUUGUUUAUGGGGUCAUCAUUAAUGGGCUUUGUAGAGCCGGAGAAACUAGGGAGGCAUUUAAGGUGCUUAAGCAAAUUUACCACCAUCCCAAACUCAAUCCCACUCUUGAAUGUUUCAAUCCCAUCAUUGAUAAUCUUUGUAAAGAAGGGAAUGUAGUUAAAGCCAGAAGCCUAUUUCAGGAAAUGAUCAGUUGUGGUCUGACACCAGAUGUUGUAGCUUAUAAUUCGUUGAUUAAUGGAUUAUGCAAAUUUGGUGAUUGGGUUGAAGCCAAUGGAGUCCUCACAAACAUGAUUGGUUCUGGAAUUUCACCAGAUGUAUAUACUUAUGGUAUAGUGAUUGAUUCUCUUUGCAAAGAAGAGAAAAUUCAGAAAGCAAUUUCAUUGUAUGAAUCUAUGACUAAAGAAGGUGUAGAACCUAAUGUUGUCAUAUAUAAUUCUCUCAUUACUGCCCUUUCUAAGAAAGGAAAAACAAAGGAAGCAUUUGCCCUCAUGGGAAAAAUGACUAAUAGAGGUCUAAAGCCUAAUGUCUUUAAUUACAGUUCUUCAUUUCUACAGGAAUCUAUAUUUUCAUAA